ACACCAUUAGACUGACUCUGUCUUUCUUGAGUGCUUGGUCUCCCCUCUCUCCCCCUAUGGCUUUUUAGGUAGCUGUCUUGCGAGCUCUGCGAUAGUAUCCAGCAGGUCCCGGAUAUCUGGUGCCCAAAGUGGGGCUUGAAUAAGACGGCUUACCGGACGACUGAGGAACAAAUUCCAUGGACAAAAGAAGGGUAGAGGCUGGACAGACAGCCUUGAGGCAGGGAAAGUACAGAAUGAUCCCGAUCUGCUUGAUCCUGUUCCUGAGCAUCUGCCCCUCGUCAGCGAGCCCUGAGAGCCCUCAUCUUCUCGGACACCAAACACGGGCACCUUUCUCUACCCUUGCUAUCAUUCUAGGCAUUGGAGGUCUUGCUGCCGGCAUUGCUACCGGCACCUCCCCUCCGCCGCUGGCACAACAUCUCGCAGCUCUCCAGUCUGCCAUGACAACUGACCUUGAAGACCUUGAAAAAGCUAUCUCAGCCCUAGAAAAAUCCCUAACUUCCCUCUCUAAAGUAGUACUGCAAAACCAGCGUGGCCUCGACCUGCUUUUUUUAAAGGAGGGGGGACUAUGCGCAGCCCUUAAAGAAGAAUGCUGCUUUUAUGCUGACCACACUGGAGUUGUCAGAGAGUCCAUGGCUAAAUUGAGAGAAAGCCUCCUCCUUAGAAAAAAGGAGGCCGAGGCCCAAGAAGGUGGUACAACAAUCUUUUGAGAGGUUCCCCUUGGCUUUCCACCCUAAUCCCUACGGUACUAGUUCCCCUUAUUAUUUUCCUCCUAGUUCUCACCUUUGGCCCUUGGGCUUUCCAACGCCUGACCGGAUUUAUCAAAUCAAAUAUUGACUCAGCCCUUAUUACUAAGUUCCCUAUGGUCCAAUACCAUCGUCUUGAAAUAACAGAUGCCCCGGCUAACAUCGACCGUCUUCACUUCACUAGCAGGGCGGUAACCCAAUGACUGGAAUAGCACAGGUCCUUGACCCCUGAGGGGAUGGUCAAGUAAAUCCCCCUGUGUAGCCUAAGACAGGGACGUCACUGCAGAAUUACCUUCAAAAAAUAAAUAAAACAGGGAGAAUUGUCAGAGACCAUGUGUUGGGAAAACUUAUGACCAGGAACGAGAUAAGGGUUUCUGAGAAUCAGAACAAACAGGUUACCACCAGGCAUGGUUAGACCAACGACCAAAAACCAUAAAAAUUCCUUUUCUCUGAUGCUAUCCUUCUUCAACCGCCAUUCUUCCCCAUCUCGGGCAUGUAUAUUCUUACCCUGCACCUCCAAUAAACGAGCCUUGAGCCUUG